AUGAUACCUUGGAGCAUACUCUUGAUUCACUCUCUGCUGUUCUUUUUGCAAGGAUCUUAUUGCAAGUUCUCUCUUUUGAAAAGAACCUCAAGAAAUGAGUUUAAUGCAGCUCGACAGAAGAGAGAUCUCUUAGCAGCAGAGGUUCGCGCUGCCUCUCCUCGGUCUCGCCUUCGUGAGGCCUUCGGCCGGAGCCCUCCACCAGCUUCUUGUCCUCAGGAGUGCCUUAAUGGAGCAGUCUGUACAGAGGCAGGUGAAUGUGAUUGUCAGAUAUUUCAGGCUCAAGGAAACAGGUGCCAAAUUGUACCUAACAGUGGUAAGGACCGAGAUGGGAUUUGCAAAUCAUGGGGACAGUACCAUUUUGAAACAUUUGAUGGCAUCUACUACUACUUCCCAGGAAAUUGCUCCUACGUUUUGGCAAAAGACUGCAGCACUCCAGAACCCCAGUACACUGUUUGGGUUCAUAACAGUCCUCACUGUUACGGUUCAGUAUAUUCUUGUCUGAGGUCUAUCAGCUUAUUUUUUUCAAACCAAGAAGAAAUAAUUAUUUCAGGACAUGAAGUAAGAAAGGAGGGAAUUAGAUUAGCAUUGCCUCAGACAGUUGAAAAUGUUUUCCUUGAGAGAUUGGCUGACUACAUUCUGGUGAAAACUACCUUUGGUUUUUCGCUUGCUUGGGAUGGAAACUCUGGCAUUUAUAUUAAGCUGACAGAAGAUCAUAAGGGGAAAACUUGUGGCCUCUGUGGGAAUUUUAAUGGCAAUAAAUUUGAUGACCUGAUACUACAAAAUAGUGAAUAUACAGAAGACAUUGCUGAAUUUGCAAAUAGCUGGACUGUGCAAACCCCAUAUGAAACAGCUUGUGUACCUACUGCCUCGUAUUUUUCCAGUCCUUGUUCAGCUGAUGCAGAAUCCACUGAGGACAUAUUCUUCAAGUGCCAAAUAUUCCUACAGUUUCCUUUUCUCAGCUGUCAUGAAAGCAUAGAUCCAUAUUCUUAUAUUUCUAGCUGUAUGAAUGAUCUUUGUAGAGUGGAUGAUGAUGAAACAUAUUGCAGAGCAGUGACAGAAUAUGCUAGAGCAUGUUCUCAUGCCGGGUCCCCUGUGCGUGACUGGAGGGAUGACUUUCCUGCCUGCACUGAAAAGUGUGAAGACAGCUUUGUACACCGUGACUGUAUCAGCUGUUGUCCGCCAACCUGCACCUUUGAAAAGGAUUGUCUUGGCAGCAAUCUGCACUGCUUAGAUGGCUGUUACUGUCCAGAUGGUCUCAUUAUGGAAAAUGGAACUUGUAUCUCUGUGUCGAAUUGUCCUUGUAUUUAUCAUGGAACUGCCUUCCCUGUAGGCUCAGAAAUUGAACAAGAAUGUAGCAAUUGUGUUUGUAUUGGUGGCAUUUGGAACUGCACUGAUCAUGAUUGCCCAGCUGAGUGCUCCAUCACAGGUAACUCUCAUUUCACAACAUUUGACGGUCGUCACUUUACCUUUCUUGGGAUUUGCCAGUACGUUUUGGUAAAAGGCACUGGGAAAAACAAAUUCACAAUCACUUUACAGAAAGCACCUUGUGGACAUAACUUUGACCAUGCCUGCAUUGAGUCUAUAACGCUAGUUCUUGAAGAUGAUGUGAGCAAACAAGUAACUCUUGCAAGAUAUGGUCAAGUGCAAGUUGGCCCUAACCAAAGUUUUAACCUCAAUGGGGCUGUUGAAAUUCAGAAUAUAUCUUCUUUAUUUGUCCAACUGAAAACCAGUUUUGGUUUAAAGAUACUCUUUGCUAAAGAUGGAGAGAGGCUCUACAUUCAAGUUGACAUCAGCUGGAAGAGAAGAACAUUGGGACUAUGUGGAACUUAUAAUGGAAAUCUAAGAGAUGACUUUCUUUCUCCAGCAGGGAUGGUAGAAGGGACCCCACAACUUCAUGCCAAUGCAUGGAAGGUUUCCUCAGCUUGUUCUGUGCCUAUCAACAUUCCUGUGGUUGAUCCCUGUAACAUUAAUCAGCAAAAUGUUGGGUACGCAUCUCACUGUGAUAUCAUCAAUCAAGAACUUUUUGCUCCCUGCCAUGCCUACAUCAGUCCAGGAUUAUAUUACCAGCUGUGCCGUUUUGAUGCAUGCAAAUGUGGAAGCAGCUGUUUGUGUAAUGCGCUUGCACAAUACGCUUAUGUCUGUGGCAAGCAUGGAGUUGCUAUUGACUUCAGAUCUCAUAUUUCUUACUGUGCUGUGAUGUGUCACAAUGGUAUGCUUUAUCAUCAGUGCUCUUCCUUUUGUAAACACUCCUGUGCUUCACUUUCUAUGGCAAAUAGCUGUGGCGAUGACUGUGCUGAAGGAUGUAAUUGUCCUGAUGGGAAAUAUUUUGAAGAGUCGGUCAACUUUUGUGUAUCAGUAUCUGCCUGUCGUUGUCAUUACAAGGGCAAAGCCCUCCAGCCUGGAGAAAUCCUCCUCACGCCAACAGGUUCCUGCCAGUGUUUGAAUGGAACAAUGAAAUGUAUUGAAGCCACUACAGAAAAUACAGUUCACAUAUGCCCUGAAGGAAAAAUCUACUAUGACUGCAGAUCUCCUGUGCCUGGAUUACCAGCAGCUGGUGCAAACUGUGGGGUCUCCUGUGCAAACCUUGCUAUGAACUUCUCCUGUGUCCCCUCACCACCUUGUGCAAGUGGCUGUAUUUGCCCUCCAGGGAUGGCAGAGCAUAGAGGGAAAUGUUAUAUUCCUGACAGUUGUCCAUGUACCUGGAAAGACAGAGAAUUUCUGUCAGGAGAAGUGGUAGCUACACCUUGUUACACCUGUGUUUGCCGGAGAGGGGUAUUCAAUUGCACUAGUUAUCCCUGUCCUGCUGUAUGCACUGUUUAUGGAGAUCGACAUUAUUAUACAUUUGAUGGAUUAGAGUAUGAUUAUGUCAGUGACUGCCAAGCUUAUUUGUUAAAGAGCACAGAUAACUCAAAUGUAUCUAUAAUUGCUCAGAACAAGAAGUGCUUUGACAACAAUAUUGUUUGCUCAAAGAGUGUUUUCAUCACUGUUGGAGACACUGAGAUUUAUUUUAGUGAACCUUCUGAGAAGCAGGUUAGUUUCUUUCCUGAAAACAGAUCUACCUAUCAGCUUUGGAAGGCUGGAUAUUAUACAGUGAUACGCUUUCCAGAACAGGAUAUUACGAUUCUAUGGGACAAGAAGACAACAAUGCAUGUUAAAGUUGGACCUCGAUGGAAGGGUAAACUGGCAGGUUUGUGUGGAAACUUUGACAAAUACACUUCAAAUGAUUUGACUACAUCAAACAACAUGGAGGUGAGAAAUGCACAGGUGUUUGGAGACAGCUGGGUGUUAGGACAGUGCAAGAGCCCAAAUGAAACACUAAGACCGUGUGAGGUGCAUCAAAGCAAGUUCCCUUAUGCCAAAAAGGAAUGCUCAAUUUUAUACAGUGAUGUUUUUGCACCUUGUCGCAAUGUGAUUGAUGUUACUUCUUUUGUCAAAAACUGUCACACAGAUACGUGUAACUGCAAUCUUGGUGGGGACUGCGAGUGCUUGUGUACCAGUAUUGCAGCUUAUGCUCACAAAUGUUGCCAGCAAGGAGCAGCGAUUCACUGGCGGUCUCCUAUGCUCUGUGCUUAUGACUGUGAAUAUUACAAUCAAGGGCUUGGAGAAGGACCGUAUAUUUUGGCAAGUUACGGACAGAAUGAUACAAUUAUAGGAGCUAACAUAUCCAGUAGAAGAAUAUUUCCCCUGCCUAGAACUGGAGCAUACGGAAAUGUAUUUUUUAGUUUCAUGAUAACUCCAGGACUUUUCAAAGAUAAAGAUUUAUCACUCUCCCUGGUUUCCCUUGAAUCUGCUGAAAGACCAAACUACUACUUGUAUGUACAUGACAAUGAAAGCAUUGGGUUGGAACAGUGGCAGGCAAGUGCUUCCUUUCAGAGACAAGCCUCGUUCUUCCACCACCAAGGCCUCUGGAGUCCAGGAUUCAGUGCCUUUGAAAUGCAUAGUAAAAAAGGCUUUUUCAUCAUUCUCACAUCAUCUGGUGUUAAAGUGGCAAAGUAUGAUGAGUCAGAAAAAUUCAAACGUUCAAGUAGCUUUAGUAUUGAAGAACUCAGUGCAUCCGUACCUUAUAGAAGGAUUUGUGAAUGGAGAUAUGAACCUUGUGCUCAUCCCUGUUUUAAAACAUGUAGGGAUCCUGAAGGAAUAGCAUGUAAAUUUCUUCCUCCGGUUGAAGGAUGCUUGCCACACUGUCCCAAAAACAUGAUCGUUGAUGAGGUCACGCUUAAAUGUGUUUAUCCAGAAGACUGCAUACGUGUGACACCCACGGAAUCAGCAGCUGGAACAAAACCUUCAUCAUUAAUCUCUCACACAGUUGCUACCAUGGAGAGAUUUCCUCAGACACCUCCUGUAUUUGUUGCUAUGGGGAUUGAGCCAGCUGAUGCCCAAAUAACUGUGAAGACAGACAUAACUCCAAGGGGAAUGAAUAUGUCAGCGCAGUCCAUUACAGACUUUUUUUCAUUGGAAUCGUCUAAUGCAGCCACCUACUCUACAUUUGCAUUACCAAGUACAGUGGAGCCUUCUGAUGUACCUCACGGCACAGCAAGCCCUUCUGUCCUUUCUAUACUCACCUCUUCAACAGAUUUUCCAACUGUUCUUCAAACAUCAGUAGUCACAUCACAUACUGUCAGUUCUACUGCAUCUAUAACUUUACCCAGUAGAGUAGCAACUCCAACAACCCAUGUUUUUACCCCACUCAGUGCCAGUCCUGUUCCAACACGUUCUGCGUUGCUAAUGCCCAUUUCCCUAGUUGUAGUACCAUUUCCACUUGAAUCAUUAACCACUCAGGUAGGAACUGCUCCUACUACCACAACUUUAACAACUUUAACCUCCAAACUAUCUUUUAUAACUUCUGAGCUGCCUACGGGGAUUUGGAGAAGCAGGCGUCCUUCAAUAUCUCCAUUAAGGAAAGGCAGUAUUUCUCCUGCUCUGCCCAUAAAGACUGGAUCUUCACCUCACGUUGCUUCUCAAAUCCCUAUAAACGCUUCUUUGAAUCCUUCUGUAACGCGCACAGUAUCUAUACCAGUGCCUUCUCUGAUUACCUGCCUGAAACCCAAAGCUGUGGGAGGGAUCACUGUUGUCUCGAAGAAUCUUUAUAAAGAACCUUCCACUACUUCAAUAUUUCUUAUAGUCAAUCCUGAAAUCUCUGAUGUGUCUAUAGCAAGAAAGCAGAGUUCUUCAGUGAAUUCUUCAGCAGAAGAUGGAACAAAAUCGAUCAUGUCAGAUGGAAGCAUCACUCAAUCCACUACACCGCUGACCAUGAACAUAACUGUGAAUGCUACAUCCUUAAAAACAGGUUAUAUUUUUGCAAAAACACUACCUUCAGCCACUUUAUUAGUUACUUCUGGCACUACUGUACCCCCUAGGAUUACUACAAAACCCACAGAUUCUUCUGUUGCUGACUUGAAAUUUUAUAUGGCUUCAGCUUCAGUUCCUGCUACCACAGAAAUACCUAUGUAUGUGUCACAUAAAUUUUUAUUUACUUCUCCACCAUCUCAAGUUUCACAAAGCACUAAAGAAACACUAAAAACGACAAUCAUGAAAACAGCUGGUGCUGCAAGUCCAUUUUCACAGAUGAAGAGUACCUCGUUUACGGCUUCAGAAUUUAAAUAUGCAACCUCAUUUGAAAAAACUGCAGAUCUUUUAGAAAGCAGUCAGACUUUAAAUAUGCAAAGGAAUGUCACCAAGACAAAGUCAACCAGUACUGAGAAAUCUUCUGUGCCCUAUUUGACAGCAUUUGCAGUUCAGAGUUUGCCUUUUUCAAGUAAAAUUGACACAACUUCAGUAAAAUCUCUCUCUCUUUCUGAAGUCUCAGAUGUAACAACAUCAGAUUGGUUUAAAAUUGUAACACGGAGAACUGUCAAACCCUAUUUUAAUUUAACAGAGCCCACAGAGUUGCAGAAUGGAACUAUAACAAACUUAUCUCAUUCUAGCGGUGAAAUUAUUUUGCCUUCCUCUUCAGUGCCUGUGCAGACACAGGCUUCUCUGGCAAGCGCAAAAGCAAUGACAGUUAUAGCUGACCAGGCUUUCUCUGGUACAUUGAUGCAUACAUUGAUGUCUACAUCUUCUGAAUGUGUGCCAAGAUACCUUGAACCUGUUGACAAAUGUAGCCAGUAUGUAUGUCUUAAUAUGGUUUGGAUGUUAUACAACCUUUCAAAGAACUGCCCUAGAGACGUGCAGAAGCCAGACUGUGGUUUUCGAGGAAUGCCAUUUCAAGUUAACACUGAUAGUUGUUGCCCAGAAUGGGAAUGUCCCUGUCAAUGUUCUGUACUGUCUGAGCUGAGUGUUAUUACAUUUGAUGGAAACAACAUAGCCCUCUGUAACAUGGCUUCCUACGUUUUAGUCAAGCUGCCAGAAGAAAUUAUUGUUGCUCAUAUUGAAAAAUGUCCUGCUAAUCAAAGUGCAAAUUCAAUAAGAAAACUAAUUCCCCCUGCAAGCACUUCAGGGCUCUGUUUUAAGAAAUUAAAUGUAACAACACCUACAUAUAAAUUACUUAUCAACCGCUUGGCAAGAAGGGUAGUAGUGGAUUCUGUAAUUCAGUUAUUACCAUUUUCAAAACAAGGACUGAGUAUUCAGGAUACUGGUGCAAUGUAUGUCAUCAAUACCCCAGCUGGUAUUAGCAUCAAGUGGGCUCAUGUUACGGGCAUCAUAGAUAUACAGUAUGGAUUGCACUCCAACACGUCAGUGAAGACAGAAGGACUUUGUGGGGUGUGCAAUGGAGACCCUAUUGAUGACCUGAAAAUGCAAAACAGGACCAUAAUUACAAAUAUGGAGGAAAUUGAAGUGUUCAUUAAGAGUUGGGAAAUUGAAAAAUCGGUUGAUGUAACAACCAGGAGGCCAGUAAGAGAUUGUAAUGAGGACAACUGCACAUACUGUAUGGAGCUGUUAAGCAGAAGCAUUUUCAUCCCUUGUCACAAGAAAGUUUCGCCACAGGAGUUUUGUGAGAAGAUGUGGAUCAACAGUACUUAUUUUUGGAAUUAUGAGUGUGAUGCACUUUCUGCGUAUGUGGCUUUGUGCAACAAGCAUAACAUCUGCAUUAAAUGGAGGACACCUGAUUACUGUUCAUUGAGUUGUCCUAAUGGCAAGGAAUACCAGCCUUGUGUGCAACCCUGUGAAGCCAAGACAUGCUUGAAUAAGUGGUUCUAUGAAGAUUCUCCCUGUUCCUAUUUAAGAGAAGAUUGUGUGUGUAAAAAUGGGACUGUUCUACAUAGAACAGACUCUGAUCUCUGUAUACCAGAAGAAAAAUGCACAUGUACAGAUAACAAAGGACAACCUCGCUCUGCUGGGGAGAUUUGGAGUGGGUCCACGAGAGGCUGCUGUAUGUACAACUGUUUGGAAAAUGGAAGUGUUAUUGCUGUGGAACCUGAAUGCAAUGAGGAUCUACCACCAGUUUGUGAAAGAGAAGGGGAAGUUAUUGUCCAUAUCAUUGAAGAGAGGGCUUGCUGUCCAAAGAAAGUCUGUGAAUGUAACAUGUCAUUGUGUGAGGCCAUUAUUCCAACAUGCAAAACCAAUGAAAAACUGGUUGUAGGCUACCAUGCCCUGUCCUGCUGUCCACAGUACCGGUGUGAAUGUGAUCCUACAGUUUGUUUCAAUGCUUCCCAGCUGGAGUGCAGAGAAGAUCAGUUUAUUGUUGAAGCAAAACAGGAAGAUCUUUGUUGUUUCUCUUAUCUCUGCGUUUGUGAAUCCUGUGUCGAGCCUGUUCCCUUGUGUAAUGAAGGAGAAAUUCUCACUGUAGACCAUAACACUAUACAUUAUUGUUGUCCUCAGUACUACUGUGUUUGUGAUGAAAACCUUUGUUCUGAGCCUCCUAUAAACUGCACAGGUGACAUGACACUUGUGAAGGAAAAAAUACCUGGGCAGUGUUGUCCAGAAUGGCAUUGUGAAUGUAGCUGUGAAAACAAUACUAUGCUAACUUGUAAAUUGGGAGAAGUUCAAAAAAUUGAUAGUAAUGUUUCCAGUGCUUGUGGAUGCACUCACUACAUUUGUGAAAAGGAUGAUGUGUGCAUCUUCCAAGACAUGACUGUACUGAAUCCUGGACAAUCGGUGAUUCAGUAUUUAGAUGGAGACCUUUGUUACACUGCACACUGUUUGCGAGAAAAAGAUCAGAACACAGGAUACAAUGCCAUGCAUUUUGCAAUGGUCAACUGUUCCCAGCAAUGUGAAGCUCAUCAAAUAUAUGUUCCUUCCUCCAGUCACCAUACUUGCUGUGGUACCUGCAAAAAUGUGUCCUGUUCUUUUCCUAUGGAGAAUGGAACAUUAAUUGUGCAUGAAGAAGGAAGCACCUGGAGCUCCAACUGCACAAACUACAAGUGUGCAAAGACUGCUGCAGGGGCUAUGAUACUGGGGUCUAGUGUUGUCUGUCCCCCUUUUAAUGACACUGAGUGUACAAAGAAUGGAGGAACUGUGCAGACAUAUAAUGAUGGCUGCUGCAAGACCUGCAAAAAGGAAGAAAGGAUUUGCCAGAAAAUGACAAUCAGAACAACCAUAAGAAAAAAUGACUGUAUAAGUCAAAGCCCGAUAAAUGUAGCUUCUUGUGAUGGAAAAUGCCCGUCUGCAACAAUAUUUAAUGUCAAUAUUGAUAGCCACUUAAGAUUCUGUAAAUGUUGUCGAGAAAAUGGAACACGUAAUCUGACUGUGCCACUAUAUUGCUCAGGAAAUGGCACUGAAAUCAUGUAUGUUAUUCAAGAGCCUAUAGACUGCUCAUGUCAAUGGAACUGAACACUACUGUGUGUACAGUUUUGUCCUAAGAAUUAAAAUGAGUUUCCUUUCACCAGGCUGUAUUUUUUGUCCUUGAAUGGAUACAGUACUCUGCAGGAAAAAAAAAAAUCAAUUAUACUUCAUAAUAUACUUUCACAAAUUUAUUAGAGGUUAUAUUGUGCUUCAACUUUCCUUUUUAAAUAUUGACAUGUAUAGAAAAAAAAUACAUAAAUCCUUUUGAACCAGGUAUAAUUCAGUCAUCAUUUACUUCUGUCCAUUGACUUUCAAAUGUGCUACUGUUAACUGGUUAAUGUCAGUGUUUCCAAUGCUUUCAAAUUUUGGAUUGUGGCUACUUGUCAAAGUUGAGAAAUUCUCAAUAGCUCUUUUACUUAGAAACUUGCAGUUGAGGGCCAUCUUUAGAAUUAACAUUUAUGAGAAAGAUUCAUGUUGUCUUUUUGAGAACCACUGAAUGAACUUACUAAAAAAUAGAGUCAGUUGAACUGAAAUAUUUUUAUCUUGCUGAAAAGCCUACCUUUUGACGUUAAGAUGUUGUGAGACAGGAGUCUGCUUAAACUGGAAGUCACUGUGAAACAGCAUGAUUGCAGUCUGUAAGUACCUCUAGUAAAUCUCCAGAGUAUACAGUAGAAUAAUAAUAAAGUUUGUAAACCCUUGAUAUUUACUUACUUUUGUUAUUUAUGUUAUAAACAUGAAGCAUUGUUAGGCAAAGGCCAAAGAGUUCAGGCUUUUGUGCCUUUAUUACAAAUAUCUAAAAGUUGUGUCUGUUAUGAAGGGUUCUACUUUAUAUCUUUUUUAAAGUUUUUACAAAUAAGAAAUUGACUAUUAGCUGCAGAAUAAGAUUCUGUCUAUGUAUGUAUGUAUUUAUUUUAAAAAAACAGCGAGUGCAUAUUUAACUGUUCAUAGUGGGUUUCACCCUUUGUUUAAUAGUUUGAAAUUGUAUGUUCAAUAUAUUUUAAUGAAAUACAUUUCUUUGAAUUUUGAGAUUUGGACAGUUGAAUGAAUCUAGGGCUCAUAAUUUUUGAGUCUGCAAAAAAAAUUCAAUUUAAGAUAUAUGUUUUGAAGGGCACAGGUAAGCUAGACAUGUACAGUCAGGCUGUGAAUGUCCAUGAUUCAGCAUUUUAAGUUGAAUAUGCUCUCCCUUAUAUUAAUUGUACUACAUAGGAUUACCUUCAAAACUACAGAAAAAAAUUUAUGCUUGUUUUUAGAAGUCUACUUUGCUUUAUAAACUCACUGAAUGAAACUUUAAACAGUGGGAGUUCUGCCAUUGACCUCAGUGGGGCCAGUAUUUUCCUUGUCAUGUAAAUUAUUUUGAAAUUAAAAUUCUUGUCUAAAAGUCUGAGAACUUUUUUGGCAAAGGUUUUAUUUCAAGCUGUCAGCAUUUAAUUACAAAGAGGUUGAAUUAUUGUAUUGGUUUAAACAAUAAAAAACAGUCAAUAUAAGAUGAAAAAUAAUUUAAAACCUAAGGCCAUUUUUCAUCAGGCUAUUUCCUGAUGAAUGUUUAGCUUUAUUCAUUUCGAUGGAUUAUGAAGAAAAAUAGUAUAUACAUUGAAAUCUGUCUUUACUAACAGGACUCUGUCUCACUUAUUCAUCAUCUCUAUAAAAACAGUGAUUCAGUUUAAGAAUUAAAGACAAUCCGUUGUAAUCAUCAGUAAAAUAUUUAACCAUUAUAAAGAAAUAGUGAUCACCUAGUCAUCAAGAUAACGUGCUGCUUUGAUAAAGUAUGUGCCUCAUUUGCACACUGUUAUGAUUUGUAUGGCAGAUAUUUCAAGGUGUUAUAUAUGAGGGCCUAGAACCAAAAUAUUCUUUGAUAUUGCUGUAGUAAUUUGUAUACAGAAACUUUUCAUAUGGGCCAAAUAUGGAAAUUUAAUCAUAAUCAUAGCCAUAAAGUUUGUGCACUAGUAUAGCAAAUGAACAGGACAACUAUUGAAAGAAACAUAGAUCCUAAGAUUUUUGUCAAAAGAGUAUGGGACGAAACUUCUUAAUGAGUUCUGCACAUGAAAAAUUGCUUCAGGAAGAUCUUAUAAGCUAGAGCUUUUAUAUUUAGUGACAGAAUACUUGAUGAGUUUUGACUGAAUGCAAUACUAAUUGUAAACAAAUCAUUUUUAUAAGCUUUAGAGGUGUAUUUGUAAGUA